CCAGUGCCACCAUCCCCUGCUGCAGGCAGCCCCCAAGGGCUGGGGACAUCCGAGAUCCCCAAACCCUGGGGCCCCACACGAGACCAACCUGGGGCUGGACAGGCUCCUCCAUCGGGGUGCUGCAGCCCAGAGGGGGGCAUGAGCUUUUGGGGACCACCCCCCUCCAGAGCAGGUGGGUAGAGGGAAUCCCACAAAGCCCCCCCCUGCUCCUUUGUGCAUGCUUCCAAACCCUCUUUCCAACGCUCUGAAGCACCCCAUGAGGUGGGCUCUCAGUUCCUAAUUAACACUUUAAUUAAGCCUCUUAGUUAAGCCAUGACUCACUUUCCCCCAGCCGUGACCCCAAAGGCCAGACCCCUCUCCCUGCGUUUUAGCACAGCCCUUGGGUACCACCCAGCCUUCCAGGGGUCUCAGCAGUGAUUUCAUCAACCACCCAAUUUAAUUAGCAGCCCCUCCUCAAAAGGCUUCGUUAAGUAAUGAACCAAGGGACUGUCUUCCCCCCCAGCUGCUUAAGGGAUUAAAGGAUGUGAAGGAGCUUUUCAGUGUGAGCUGAUGACAUGGAAGAAACCAGCCAGUUCCUGGUUCUGCUGUGGGACCCCCAGUUUCCCCCUUGGCCAAAUCUGCCAUGCUGGGAUCCUGCUGGGAUCCAGCCAGAUCCCCUCUUGCAAAACACCUUCCCCCGCCACGCUGGGGCAUCCGGGAGGGAUGACACCCCUGCGAGGGGCAAGGUGCUUUGUCGGGUGGUGGGUGCCUUGGUGCAACUGGAUAUGCUUAAAUCCCUUUCUGAUGGUCCCAAGCUGCCACCCCCCUCCCCAAAUACCUCCUGGGCAGAGCCCACUGCUGCCCCACAUUCUCCGCAUUUGGUAAAUCGGGGUUAUUUAUAGCCCCAGCUCACCGGGAUUAGGUGUGCUGUGCCUAAUCCCCCUGCUUUACCGCUCCCACUGACCUCCAUCCCGCACGGCCCCGCAGCUCCUGGCCUCCGGCGGGGACCUUUUGCGGGGACAAGUGGAGAUGGAGAAGGUGAAGAAGAAGCGGCAGGAGCCGAUGCUGGAGGCCGAGGCCAAGCCCCGGCGGCUGCGGGUGAAGAAGCUGAGCGAGGCGGGGGCUGCGGAGGAGCCCCGUGCCCCAGCACAGGGGGUGAAGAAGCUGAAGAAGAAGAAGGAGGAGAAGGGGGAGGAGGAGGGUGACAAGGACCCCAAACUCACCAGGGAGCCUCGGAAGAAGAAGGAGAGCCCAGCCACCCGCUCCCGUGUGGCCAAGGCCCCCAAGAAGCAGCAAGAGCCGGCUGAGGACUCGGAGGAGGAAGAAGAGGAGGAAGAGGUGGAGAAUAAAGACCCUCCAAAAAAGCUGAAGAAGAAGGUUCCCAAAGACCCCCCCUCGGGCGAGGGCAGGGAGAAGAAGCUGAAGCCGAAGGGAGACAAGAGCGACCCUGAUGGCAAAGCCAAAUCUGCCAAAAGCACCAAGAAGGAGCAGAUGUCCAUGUUCCAGGUGAACGGGGAGAAAAAGGAGAAGAAAAGCAAGAAGAAAGCCACCACCAGCAGCGACGAGGAGGAUGAUUCCGACUCCAGCACAAAACCCAUCAGGUCGGAGAAGAAGAAAAACCCGGCGUCCCUCUUCCAGACAGGCGGGGACCCCCCGAGGGAGAAGAAAUCAAAAAAAAAAGCUCCUCCCAAAGCGGCCGAGAGCGAGGAGGAGAGCCCGGAGACCCCGCAGAAAAACUCCAACAAGAAAGGGAAAGGGAAGAAGUCAAAGAAGCUGAAGGAGGAGAGGCCCCUGUCACCUGUCAUUGAGGUGGACAACCUGGAGGAGUUUGUGCUGCGGCCGGCGCCCCAGGGAGUGACUGUCAAGUGCCGGGUAACGCGGGACAAGAAGGGGAUGGACCGGGGGCUUUACCCCACCUAUUACCUCCACUUGGAUAACGACAAGAAGGUGUUCCUCCUCGCCGGGAGGAAGCGUAAGAAAAGCAAAACCUCCAACUACCUCAUCUCCAUCGACCCCACCGACCUGUCACGGGGGGGAGAGAACUUCAUCGGGAAACUGAGAUCCAACCUGAUGGGCACAAAGUUUACGGUGUUCGACAACGGUGCGAACCCCGACAGGGCCAACGCCGACUGGUCCAACGUGCGGCAGGAGCUCUCGGCCGUGGUCUACGAAACCAACGUUUUAGGGUUCAAAGGACCCCGGAAAAUGACGGUCAUCAUCCCGGGGAUGAACGCCGACAAUGAGAGGGUGCCCAUCCGGCCCCGUAAUGACAACGACGGCCUCCUGAUGCGAUGGCAGAACAGAAACAUGGACAACGUGAUCGAACUGCACAACAAGGCGCCGGUGUGGAAUGAUGAGACCCAGUCCUACGUCCUCAACUUCCACGGCCGGGUCACUCACGCCUCCGUCAAAAACUUCCAGAUUGUUCACGGCAGCGACCCCGACUACAUCGUGAUGCAGUUCGGGCGCGUGGCGGACGAUGCCUUCACCAUGGACUACAACUACCCGCUGUGCGCCGUGCAGGCCUUCGCCAUCGCCCUCUCCAGCUUCGACGGGAAGCUGGCCUGCGAGUAGCGCCCGUGCCGGGGCCGCUGGGGCCGUGUGUCGGUGCCCGGUGGGUGCUCCUGCAUCCCCGUCCAGCUCCGCUGCCUCCAAUUCCACCUUCUGCCAGGCGAAUGCCGCGGUUGCUGCUUCUCCCGCAGCGGCUCGAGGUGCACGGUGCCUGCGGAGCGCCGUGGGACACUCCUCUGGCUGUGGCCACCUUCUCCGGGCAAACUGGGGACAGAUAACUGGUCUGGGGCAGAUGGCAGAGUCAGGUCCGGGGUAUAUUUAGCAAAUGAGGCUGACUGCAAUCCCAAGCUCAUCCCUUUGAGACGUUUCUUGGACUCGGAUCCUGGAAACUCAUCCCCCACCCUCCCU